GUCUUGGUUUGUCCCCAUAGUGAUCUCCCUACUAUCUCUCGCGGGCCCUCUCCUUUGCCUCCCGAGGCCAAUGCUGAUGAAGACCUCUUGUCUGGUGUGACUGAUGCAUUCUCUGCUAUGGCUCCAGCACCAGCAGUGGCUCCAACUCCAGCUCAAGCCCCGGAUCCAGCCCCAGCUCCUGCCCCUGCAACUGUCUCUCCUCCCGAACCUGAGCCCUCUGCACCUGCACCUGUCAUUGACCUGCUUGACACAUUCAGUAGUCCUACUCUGUUGGACACUAUGCCCGCUGCCCCUGGGGGACCAGAAGAGGAUCUGUUGGGUGGACUGAUGUCUCCUAGCCUGACUCCCAUGGCGGCCCUUGCUCCUCUGGCCCCCACUCUGGCUCCAGCCCUCGCCCCUACCCUAGCUCCUGUCUCAGCCCAGAAUGACUUGCUGGAGGGUGGCUUCGACACCCUCGGCGCCCUGCCCCCACUAAUCCCCGCCACCCCAGCAGCUGCAGACACAGUGCCGGCCGCAGCAGCACCCUCUGGUGGCUUUGAUGCAUCAGUUUUUGGUGGAUUAGGGGACCUACUGAUGCCAGCCAUAACACCCCAGUCCACUGGGGGUAGUGUGGGCAGCACAGGCAGUGGUGGGGGGAAUACCAAGGUGGCACCUGCGGUCGGGGGUGGCAUGGCAGGUGCCACAGCUAUUAAACGGCCAUCCAUCGGGGGCGACUUGGACUCCUCCCUGGCAAACCUGGUUGGAGAUCUGGGGAUUCAGAAAAAGGACCAUCAGUGGAAUGACAAGAAGCUGACAGGAGGAUCUAACUGGACCCCCCAGGUAGCCCCUCCCAGCUGGGGCGCUCCUGGGCCUAUGAUGGGUGGCCCUGCCCCUGGAGCCCCAGGUGCCCCUGGAGCCAUGCCUCUGCCCAUGGGAGCACAGCCUGGCUUUGGCAUGGCCUCAGCAGCUGGAUCUGGAGUUUCCAUGAUGCCUCCCAUGAUGAUGGGCCAGUCAAUGAUGGGUCAACCCAUGAGACCACCCCUGCCAGGAGCUGCAGCACCAGGGGCACCGCUGUCUCCAGGACCUGCUGCCACCCAGAGCAAAAAGCCCAAGGACCCACUGGCAGACCUCAACCUCAAGGACUUAAUGUAACCCCCCAGCCCAGCUCUUGUUUUUCUGGAGUUGGGCCCUCUGGCUGCCUGUCUUAUUUUGGCAUUCUGUACAUCCCGGGACACCAGAGACCCUCCUCGGCUACUCACUCAUAGGAGACCCCCCUCGGCUACUCACUCAUAGGAGACCCCCUUCCUCCACUCCACCCCCGCCACCUGUGUAAUGUUGUAGCACAAACUGUGAAAGUGAAACCUUAGUGAGAAAAAAACAAGUGUGUGCUUAACUAGAUGUAACCCUUUGUCUAAACAAAACCACACAAAACCUACAAAAAAAUGUCAAUAAAAGCAAGUCAGAAACCCGAGCAGAAGCUGAACGCGUAUGUGCUGUAUGUAUUUAGAUAAUUUUUUCCAGUAGUGUUGGCGUGUUGAGUUGAAUGAUGAAUGCGUGUUUGUUUGGUGCCCUCAGCUCCACCUUCGGCCCUGCACUGGCCUUCUGAUCACUCUAGAGGGGGAGGGGCUUCCACCCUGCCUCACCCUGAUUGGAUAGGAGGGGUAAGCAAAGCAGCCCCGUCAAUUUUGGAUGAAAUGUGCAAUGUGUCGUUCACAGAAGUUCUUCUUCGGUGGUGUAUAUAUACAUUACACUGGGAAAUCUCUAAGGAUUUGUCUCUACUCUGUACAGUAUGUCUGUGGAAGAGCAUAUUGAUGUGAAUCUGAUAUCAAAUUGUAAGAAGUCAUGUGACCAUUAUCUUAUUUCCUUUCAUCUUUUGAACGUAUUUAAAAACAAAUAUGAUAUGAAUAUAUGAUUAAUAUAAAUAAGCAACAUGUAUGGGCUCCUGAAUCCUAAAUUACCAUCCAAUAUUUUUUUUUUAUGAUGUUCAGUAUAUUUAUACGUUUAUUUUUGGUCAGCAUUUAUUUUUCUAUUUAUUUAUUUUUUAGAUUUGGUGCGUCAUGUCCAGCUUUAUUUGUACUUUCUCUCUCUGUUGACAUUGUUUGUGAAUCUGCUGUAAAACAUUUUCGGAUAUUUUUAUCAACAGAUCAUAUCUUACCGCCUAUUUUCAGAGAAAAUGUGUUUAUAUUUGAGUUAUUCCUAUUCAAGAGGAAGGUCAAACAGUGCAUACCAGGAGCCAAAUCUUGCCAGUAUCUCAUAUCUCAAUGCAGAGGAGAACAGUCUUUUGUUAAACCACUAAAACAAGUUGUGUACAGUAAGUCUACUUCCUGGUAUCACCGGCACUCUCCCUAUGGACCUAUCACUGUCCUCCUCGUCAGUGGUCUGCUGUUUGAUUUUCAUAAUUGCUCGUACUUUAUUAUUAGCAUUAUUACUAUGACUAGACCACGGUUGGUACUGGAUAUGUAGUGUUAUUUUUGUAUUUGAGAAGAAACAGAAACAUCCUUAUCGCCCUGUUCCCCCCCCCCCCCCCCAGAUGUUGUUACAUGUUUCCGUUCCGUUUCCUCCCGCCUUGUUAGUGAAUCAGUAAUAUUGUACAUGGUAACAUGGGCGGAGUGGAGAUCCUGUGUAUACCCAGUCAGAAGAGGGCACUGUUGAACAGUGUGCAUUCCAUGUCUAUCUAGGCAGCUGUUUAGAACCAGUGAAACCAGUCCUGUGCCGUAUAACCCCCAGAUAUAACAAAUACUGUGUUGUGUCAUUGCGAGACUGUUUCGACAAUUGCUGUGGGGAAAAAAAUAUGGAUUUCAAAAAAUGGCAAAACAUCAUCAUUUUCAUUAUUGAGUUACAUUAUUAUUUUAUUAUUAUUAUUUACUAUGCCCCUCCCCAGUGCAUGUAAGCCCUUUUAGAUGCAAUAAACUCAAUGAUGGAAAGAAUGGACCAUUA